GUGUUAGUACACGUAUUUUGGUUUAUAAAAAUCAUCAUUUAAACAUAAUUGUUGUCAUUGGAAGUUUAUAACGAGAGCAAAUCCUGCUGAUAUCUGGCAUAAAGAAACGCAUCUAAAAUUUACGAAAAGGGUGUCUGUCGCCAGAGCGUCCAACAGUAUUCAGCGUCGUGGUGGAUAGACGAAACAAAUGGAAACGAUUGCGGUUGGAGAUUGUGAAACCAGAUAAUGCAUCGACGUUCUGUUAUGGUCGUUAUUUAGUGGUUCAGAUUUGUUUUGGAGACAGCAGAGUAAAUGUCGGAGAAACGGCCAAUAGUUCAAAUUAGACCAGGAAAGGUCGCCGGAUUGAAGGGUACAUUGCCCAAUGGCGAAAAAUGGUACCGUUACAAAGGUAUACCAUAUGCAAAGCCCCCUGUUGGAUGCCUGCGCUUCAAACCACCUGAACCGUUAGAAACAUUUGGAGGUCAAAUUUUGGAUUGUAGCAUUGAAGGGAACGUAUGCUACAGUUAUAGUUAUAUGCCACCUGAUGCUGUCGCUUCUGAAGAUUGCUUAUUUUUAAACGUGUACACGCCCAUUGGUCCAACCACAUCAAUCAAAGAUAAGUUGCCGGUUAUGGUUUGGAUUCACGGAGGUGCUUUUUGUACCGGGAGUGGCGAUUCCGCACUAUAUAAUCCAGAAUAUUUGGUCCAGGAAGGAGUAGUAGUGGUGACCUUCAAUUAUCGCCUUGGACCACUUGGAUUCCUAUGCCUUCCCACGUUUGGUAUUUAUGGAAAUAUGGGUCUUAAAGACCAACUUUUGGUGAUGAAAUGGGUGCAUAGCAAUAUUUUGGCGUUUGGAGGCGAUAAAACUAAUGUUACACUUUUUGGAAUGAGUGCUGGAAGUAUAUCUACUCACUUACAUACUCUCAGCGAUGAAUCUACUAAAUAUUUCCAUAAAGCCAUUUGCCAAUCUGGUGUUGCUACCAGCUCUAGGAUAUUGCAGAUCGAUCCAGAAGUUAAGGCUCGUCGAUUAGCUCAACAUAUUGGGUGCCGCGGGAACACAGACCAGGAGAUUUAUGAAUUCCUUCACUACAUGCCUGCAGAAGUCAUCUGCUCCAAGCAGAUGGGUGCUUUAAUUGAACACGAACAAUCCCUCGACGUGUUCUAUCCUUUUGUACCUGUUAUAGAAGUACCAGAAUCUGAUCAACCAUUCCUCACCGAAAAUGUAUUGAAUCUCACAAAGAACCCAAAUCGGGUCUCAAUUCCUAUCAUAUUUGGCGUAAACAACGAAGAACUGUCCUAUAAAGUCAAUUCUCUUUUGAAGAAUUUAGAUCUGUACAGAAGCGAACCUCAGAGAUUUCUUCCAGACUCGUUGGAAUUACCGGAAGCAAUGGCAAAACCAGUUGCUUGCAAGGUUCUCAAAUUUUACACAGGCCAUAGUGAACCAACUGUCGAAAAAGUUUCCGAACUGACUCGGCUACUUUCCGAUAUCUUCUAUGUUUUGCCAACACUCAUGUCUUUGGAGCUACAACGAAAGCAUCAUCCAUCCACUCCACUCUAUUUCUACCAAUUUUCGAUGGAAGACGAGUUAAAUAAAUACCGACGACUGUGGAACGUUCCAGACUAUAUUCGAGGAGCGUGUCAUGGUGAUGAACUGUGCUAUCUGCUCAGUUCUUCAUAUUUCUACACAAGGGCCGUAAAGAAGGAGAGCAUGGCGGAUCGGUUCCGUGCGAAAAUGUGCAAACUGUGGACCAAUUUUGCAAAAACAGGCAAUCCAACGUCAACUGGAAUGGAAUGCACUUGGCUACCAUACGAAUCAUCGAAUGAUUGUAACGAUAAUGUGCCGAUUAACUGCUUACAAAUCGAUGAAAAAAUAGAGAUGGUGGAAAAUCCAUUCCGAGAAGUGUUAAACUUUUGGAAGAAUCUCUAUCAUAGAUAUAAUGGAUCAUUUCUGGAACCAAAGCUGAUGUAAGAUAGUAUUGUUACUUUUAUUUGCAUUCAAAAGUUUUUAUCGUUAUUCUAUGACUUAACUAAUGUGGGUUUUAUCCACCGAAUUGUUAUAUAUAUCAUAUUUAUUGUACUGUACUGCAUAAAUCGAUAUAUUUCAACAAAUGCUUAAGAUUAAUAAAGAAAUUGAAAAUAUCCAACAAAACAUA